UUCCAUAUAUCGCAGUUAUAGACGAUGAAUGAAUCGUGAUUAUUUUAGGGGACAAUAUAGGGGUGGUGUUGGUAAUUACAUUCCGCAUGUCACGGUCUGGGCUAGUCCGGACUCAGUUCUGCCAUGAUGGUGUGAAAUUAACGGUAGUAAAAUAUUGUAAUCGUGUGUAUGUAGUUAGAAGUUAAUUCCAGCUAAGUUCGUUUACUCGUGCAUUAGAAAUUCAUUUUCUGGACGAACGAAUAUAUCUAAACACGGUUUUCUUGAUACAUUAGGUUGUGCUUUAAAUUGACCAACAUAUGUAUAAUUCAAGAGAGCGUAGCAGUGAUGUUUUUUAGUUCAAAGCGUAAAACUGGAGAAAAUAAAUAUAAAUAGUUUUGGUUUUAAUUUUAAACCGGCAUUGAAAUGGACAGCUAUACGACGUCAAGGGGCGUGGCCUGUCAGCAGCGUCGCAUGUAGAUUUGUGCUGCGAGCUGUUGUUUAUGUGCUGCUGGAUCUGAAAUACGUGUUCAGUGGUGAAAUAUUUAAUGUGUGUCAAAUCAGGAACAUCUCCUGCUUCAAAACAUGCCUAAACCAAACAGUCGGUUAAAAACAUGAAUUUCUGGAUCACUUGAAGGCCACGGCAGCUGAUAAUGAAGCGAAGCCGUGUCCCGAGCACCAGUGAAGACUCGGACAAUGGAAGUAACUCCACAUCCUGGUCUCAGCACUCCAAUUCUAAACACAGGAAACAGAAUGGGAAGAGACCAUCAGAGGUAUUCAGAACAGACCUGAUCACAGCCAUGAAGCUGCAUGACUCAUACCAGCUGAAUCCUGAAGAUUAUUAUGAGUUGGCUGAUCCCUGGCGGCAGGAGUGGGAGAAAGGGGUUCAAGUCCCUGUUAGUCCCGAAUCCAUACCACAAUCUGCAGUGCGCACUGUAGCUGAGAAAUGCCCCGCUGCUUUGUUCAUCAGACCGAAGAAGUUCAUUCGCUCAUCUGAGUCAUCAGUGCUGGGAUACGUGGGUAUUCAGACGUUAGCUGAUGGCAUGUGUCGAUAUGACCUGAACGAGGAGGACGUAGCUUGGCUUCAGAUUGCUAAUGAAGAGUUCAGUAAGAUGGGCAUGCAACCCUUGGAUGAGCUGACAAUGGAACGGGUCAUGGAGGAAUUUGAACGGCAUUGCUAUGACAACAUGAGCCACGCCAUGGAGACAGAGGAGGGGCUUGGCAUAGAGUAUGAUGAGGAUGUGGUGUGUGACGUCUGUCAGUCACCUGAUGGCGAGGACGGCAACGAGAUGGUGUUCUGUGACAAGUGCAACAUAUGUGUGCACCAGGCUUGUUAUGGUAUACUGAAGGUACCGGAAGGCAGCUGGCUUUGCCGUACAUGUGCGUUGGGCAUCUUUCCCAAAUGCCAUCUGUGCCCUAAGAAGGGCGGAGCCAUGAAACCCACCCGCAGCGGCACCAAGUGGGUCCAUGUCAGCUGUGCCCUCUGGAUACCAGAAGUAAGCAUUGGUAACCCUGAGAAGAUGGAGCCCAUCACUAAUGUGUCUCAUAUACCCAGCAACAGAUGGGCUCUCAUUUGUUGUGUGUGUAAAGAGAAAACAGGAGCUUGUAUACAGUGUUCUGCCAAAAGUUGCAGAGUGGCGUUCCACGUGACGUGUGGUCUGCAUUGUGGCUUGAAGAUGAACACAAUCCUAACAGAGGCGGAUGAAGUAAAGUUCAAGUCCUUUUGUCCCAAGCACUCUGGUAUGGACUGGAAUGAGGAAGAGGGGGAUGAGGAGAAAGUGAAAGAGGAGAGAGGUAGAAAUGGGGGAGUAGAUUUCUCUUCCUCUGAGCCGCGACCCACAUGUAACCCCGAAGAGACGAGACUCAGUGAGCGCAAGCUUAGAGUCCAACAGCUUGAGGAUGAAUUCUAUCGCUUUGUCGCCGCUGACGAAGUCGCCGAGCACCUGCAGUUGCCCCUGGAGAUGGUGGACUUCCUGUUCCAAUAUUGGAAGUUGAAGAGGAAAGUAAACUUUAACCAGCCACUCAUCAUGCCCAAGAAAGAGGAGGAAGACAGCCUUGCCCGGCGGGAACAAGAAGUGCUGUUGCGUCGGCUCCGCCUCUUUACUCAUUUACGACAAGAUCUUGAGAGGGUACGUAACUUGACAUACAUGGUCAGCCGUCGGGAAAGGAUCAAACGAACCUUGUGCCGAGUGCAGGAGCAGGUCUUUCAUCAUCAUGUCAAGCUGCUUGAGCAGGGACGUGUCGCUGGUGUAUCCUCAACUAGACGUUUGGAGGAGGCUAUGUUUUACUUUAGCACAGCACAUCCUGUGCCUGCAUCCCCCCAACCUCUGAAAGGUCACUGCGGGCAGAACAGUGCUCUGGGCUCCACUGUGCAAAAUCACGAGAAGGGGGGUAACCAUUACAGAGUCUCAAAGCAUAUAGAAGCAGACAAGCCUGCAAAGAUGUCCAGACUGGAGAACUUCGUUAUGGAGAACAGUCCCAGAUCUGAGGGGAUUGUUGAUUCAGGCUCUGGAGGUUGCAAGAUUCAGAGAAAUGAGGCCACAGCAGAUUCAGCUACAGUGAAACGUUCUGAGAGCAGGCUGAGAGGAAGUGUGACCUUUGAGUCUCAUCGAAGAGACGAUGAGAUAGGGCGUCCCCUAGAGGACCGGAGGAGAGGGAGCAGCAGCAGGCUCUGGGAACAGGUAUCAAUGAAAGACAAACUAAGGCAGUCAAAGUCAAUGGAGGAUACAGUGAAGAAUGAGACAGAGGAAGACAACAUGGAUGACAGAUUGUUGCUGUCUCACAGCAGAACUACUGGCACUGCUAGUUCUGUAAACAAUACACCAACCACUUAUAAUGGAUCGCCAAGAAAGACAAGCCAACAUCAGGGAAAACUGGUGCCAAAUGGAACGACUGGGAGGCAUCUGAAAAACUGGGGCAGUUUCAGAAUUCCAAAAAGAAGUGAGAAAGCAGCAGGGGGAAAAGAUGGACCGGAAGGAAGUGACGUGGCAGACCAAAAUGCUUCCCUAAUAAAAAUGUAUAAUACAAGUCCAACUUCCUCCUCCCAUCCAAUCAGGACCCGGCUGCGGACAGGAAGUGAGAACAGAAGCCAUGAGGGAGAGUCUGAUCAUGGCCAGUCAGAGCAGGGCAAAAGGUGUCACACCCAAAGACUUCGAAGUCAUGAUCCAAUGACUAGAUAUUACGGUUCUGAUGUAAUCCAACAUGGAGUUCUUGCAUCAUGAAAUUUGUAUCUGACAUUUAUUCUAUGUGUCCAAAAAUAUCUAUUAUUUUUCUUCUGUUAAUAUGCUCUUCAAUGAAAGCAGCAAUUGGUGGAAUAAUAUUUAUUUUUCUAUUCUGUAAUUUUCUGCUGUUGCUUAAACUAUUCAUUUUUGUGUGUAUAUAAAACCUUUGCUUUCCCUUGUUAUGAUCCUUCUGCUUUAGUGUGCAAUGCAUACAUGGAGAGGUUUCAAAGACCAAACAAUUGACUGAUAAAGUGAAGUGUCUUUUGCUUUAUACUUUCUUAAUUUUGAGUUCAACCCUUUCAAUCAGGUGAAAUUAAGUGGCACAAGUAUUGAUUGACAAUGUGCACUUUUGAGGUCAUUCAAAUGUUACCAGCAUGAAACUGAGCCAGUUUGGCUCGGCUGUCUUAAAUCCCAUAGAAUUCGAGAAUUUCUCAGAAGAACUGAGGACUUAAAAUGAUCUGACCACAACAGUCUAAUUAGUGUCCAAAAUGUAGGAAAGCUUGUUUUAAUUUAUUUCUCGCUAUUCUGCUAACUUAAAAGGCCAUUGUGUGUUGCACAUCUGAUAUGGCAACUUUUCCUUCUCAGGUAAAAUCUGCUUCUAUUUGUACAAGGUUUAAUUUAUAGUGUCAUGUCAUAUAUAUAUAUUAGUUUUAUUUUUUGUUAUAUUUUCUCUUCCAAACAGUGUGUGUAACAGGACAGGUCAAUGCCUUAUAUGAACUCUCUUUAGUCUCUUAAGUCAUUUCUUUUCAGAAAAUAAAACUACUUUCCAGUAACAAUAUUCUUCAGCAAUAGAUGGACACUAUAUUCAGGCAGACAGACCCACACUCAGUAUGAAUUCUGAAAUGAUGACACAAGAUGUACAUUUGCAGCUUUGAUCAGGUAGAUUUUUCACAAUCAUUUAGUUGCAGUAUCCAUUACCUUGUAUUUACAGUACUUUUGCACUUGAUAUUAAACAAUAACAUAAGACACUAUCAUUGUUCUAACGAAGAAACUUGCAUUGAAAGGACUAAUCUUCUUGACAUGGUUGCCUUGGAGUAGUACUGAAAUAACAUUUGUUCUUGGAUUUUUUUCUAAAUGGCUGUAAAUGUCUUUUCUGGCAUAUUGUGAGUUGAACUAAAGAAAAGAAAAAAGUUUAUCGUGUGCCUGAUUGUUUCUGUUGAGAUGUUGCACUAAAACAUUAGCCAGAGAGCUUCAUUUAACUGUUCUCGAAAUAAGUAUUUCUACAUGUUUAUAUAAUCAAGUGCUGCUGUAUUUUUCUUGUUUUUUCAUUUAUUCUCAUGCAGUACCGUAGUUUUGUUGCAGAUUGUGAAUAAACUUCCUUUAAGUUA